UAAAUUAGUGCAUAUAUAGAAAUCUUAUCGCUCUCACAGUUAACGAGUGGGAAGGAGUGCACGACACUCAAUCUCGACAAACACAUCAUAUUGCAGAGCUGAGCAGAACAACAGAGAGGCAGGCAAACAAAGCACAAAGCAAGUUAAACCACAAAAGUCAAAGUGCGACAGUUUCAGUUCCUCUAUAACACUCAACCGAAUAGCUGAAUGGAAACAAAUGCAGUGACAUUCUCCGGUCGUUAUUGAUUCGCUAACUCACGUUACUCUGUUUCUAAAGUCAGCAAAAAUUUAUAUUGCGAAACGGGUUGGCAUAAAUAAAAAAGGCAGACGCUGUGAUUCAUACAUAGAACAUUAGCUUGGGAAGACCUAUAGCCAAUUGAAGAUUCUAUCAUGGAAGUGCCAACUUUGGUUUUCGUGUUCUUUGCGGUUGCAUUCAUGACAGUACAGGCCGAACUAGAUUUGAGCAACAUAAACGUAAAUGAUUUACAAAAUCAAUUACCCGCAGAGUUGCCCAAGACCAAUCUUACCCUAGACGAUGCCAAAACAUUGAUCAAAGACAAAUGCAUACAACAGGCUGGCAAGGAAAACGGUACAGCAGCCUUCGACGAGAUCGAAGCAUCAACCAUGACAUUGGCCGAAUGUGUUAAUGGCAUAAUCAAUUUUACCGCUAUACAAGAGGAAAUCAACAUUGCCUCACCAAACGGCGAUCUGGAUGUGGUGUUCAACAAGUAUUGUUCAAAAAAACCUCAGGCCAUAGCCUGCAUUGAAACGUUCAGUUCGAAAAUAACCCCCUGUCUGGACGAAGAGGAGCGCGAGAGUCAAAAUGUUCUAAUGCGUAUUGUUAAGAGCCUUCUCAACUUUGUAUGCCACAAGGAUGGUGACCAAAUUGCACUCUUCAUUGCCGAAAAGGGUCCCGAAUGCUUGGAAGCCAACAAGGAUGGCAUACAAAACUGCAUUAAUAGCACAUUCUCUGGUUAUGUACCAGCCGAGGGCAUAGAUAAUGUCAAGACUUUGCCCAAACUAGUCAUGGGCACGCAACAAUGUGAUGACAUUGAACAAUUGGAAGCAUGCAUUGUUAGGAAACUAGAGACCUGUAAUGACACAACACCGGCCAACAUUGCCGAAUCCAUGUUUCGGUUCAUUAAAAAUGAAACCAUUUGCCGCACAGCCAAAGCCCAUAAACAGACUGGCAUUAGUGGAACGGCCAACAAUGCUGGUACAUUAAGUAUGCAAGCGAUCUUCUUCAUAAUAUUCAUACAGUUAGUGACGUACUUGAAACGUAAGCAGUUUGUUUAAAAUGUAGGCACCAUUUUCCUCAGUCUUUAUAUUAACAUACAUAUAUAAUUAUAUACUUCUUUUUUUUUUGGUUUGUAGCCUAUAUUCUCAGUUUUCGUAAUUUCAGGGUUAGCUACCGGUUAAAAGUACUAAUAGUUUAUAGAAAAAAAGAAUGUAGAAAAAAGAAACUAAAGGAGGGGGAGAUAUAGAGAGCGGGAUGGUGACACUUUUUGUUAUAGCAAAAUCAUCCAACUAAAAAAAAGUGAGUGAACAGUCUAUAAAACACAAAAACAAAUCCUUUAUUGAAAUAAAGUGAUGUGAAAUUGUGGUGCAACGAAUAGUUUCUAUUGAAAUCCCAAAACAUGAUUGCAUUUUGCAAAUAACUACACUAUACUCUUUGGCAGCAGGUGUGUUUCUCAGUACAGUUCGAUGGGUUCCUAUGUUUGUUCAAAACGAACUCAAUACACUUGACCUUUUCUCUUUAUUUAAUUACAUUAUGCUCUCUAUGUCAAUUCAUUUAUUUUCAGCAAUCAGAUUGAUGUAUGUCUGUCUGCCUAUGCUUGGCAAAAACAAUUUUUGAUUUGAAAAAAGUAUAUAAGCAGACUUCUUUGCUGCUUUUUGAAUAUUCAAAAAGUUAAAUUGUCACAUUUGUUAUCGCCACUAGAGUUUUAUAUAUAUACACGAAACAAAAAUGAAUUGAAAAUAAAUAUGGAAGAGAACAUUGUGGGUAUUUGAAUUGGACCACAUACCCACACAUUCAUUUAUACAGGCGUAUAAUGAAAUUCCAAAACUAAGAAAUGUUAAAUUACCCAUAAAACAACAACAAACGACCUUGCACCUUUUUAUGAAAUUCACACACAGAUUGAUAUGUUAUUUUCAUGCAUAUAGAGCUGGCCAUGUAGUUGGUUCCUAACCAAACUCCAUCUACCUACCUAUCUAUCUAUCUAUCCCCGUUAGGUGAACAAAAAUUAUAAUUACAUAUAGUUGAAUAAGUAUCAAAGUUUACUUAAUUUAAAUAGAAAUCUAAUUGUAAGCGUUGAAAUUGUAACGCUGACAUGUAAACAAAUGUUUGCCAAUGACAAAUAUUGUUUACUAGUAACACUAUGCUCUAAAUUCGCAAGUUAAUAUUUAGUAAUCUCAAAAUUUAAGGAUACUUAGAUGAAAAAAACAAACAAAUAACGAAAAACAAAGCAAAACAAAAAAAAUCUAUAUAGGAACAAUAUAAACAUUUUGUACGUACAUUCUAUACGAAAUCUCCUUAUCAAUUGAAUUCUCUGCAAUUUUUAUUUUCAAAUGUAAUCUCGCGUAUAUACACAUUUAUAUAUUUUCCUCAACGAAAACAAUCACAAAGGGGCAAGCAAUCACUCAAUCGUUCGUUCAAUCCUUGGUGUAUAUUAUUGUUGAUGGUGCUGCUGCUGCUGUUGUAUUGUCUUACAACAAAAUUCAUAUGACUAAUUUAAGCUGAGCUGUAUCAGCUAAAGGAAUAUUUUCUGAAUCAUAAGUUAAAGAUAAUAAUUACAGCAUAAUGGACUCUUUUUUAUUUUGUUUUAAAAUUCUAUAAUUCUUUUAUUUGUUUUUUUUUUUUUUAAAGCAUAUCUACAUACAUAAAUUGCUUCAACUCGACUAUUUUUUGUAUUAAUGUAUUUGAAAUAAUUAGUUUUUUUUGAAAUUAAAUAAAUUCGAAAGAAAAAAA